AUGAGUUUUUCCGGGCUCGCUCCGCCUCCGCCGUUCCUCCCGGCGCCGGGCCGUCCAGCCGUUGCGUGGCCGCAAUGGUUACGGAUGUUCGAGACCUUUCUCCUGGCUUCUGGAGCGUCCGACUUCACACCCGAGCGUCGCAAGGCCCUGCUGCUGCACAGCCUCAGACUUGAAGGUCAGCGAAUUUUCUUUUCAUUGCCGCCUUCCUCGGACACGUCCGAAGACAGCGGCAAGCCUUCUCCGGCACUGUCCUCGUACGACCAAGCCGUCGCUGUUUUAACACAGCAUUUCGCAUCCGCGAGCAAUGUCGUCGUCGAACGCCACAAGUUCCGUCGUCGCGUCCAGCAACCAGGCGAGUCUGCCCUCGAGUACGUUGCCGCACUACGAGAGCUCGCGACGCGUUGCUCAUUUGCCGCCCUCGAGGACUCUCUCCGCGACCAGUUUUUAGAAGGCAUCGUUUCCCAGCACCUUCGAGAGCGCCUUCUUCUUGAAGGUUCGGCACUCUCAUUUUCGCGUGCCGUGCUGUUAGCACAGCAGCUCGAACAAGCGGCUCAGGAAGUGCGAGAGUUCACUCCUAGCCAAGUUCAGCGAGCGCCUCCCGGACCGCCGGCCAAAGUCAACUGUCUCAUGACCACCGUCACUCUGUCAGCCCUAAGCGCUCGCGCGGAUCACCUAAUUCUCCGUCGUUCUGCUUCCGCUGCGGUUCCCGCCAGCAUCGUGCUUCAUCAUCGCGCUGCCCGGCGCAACAUCAGCGCUGCUUUCACUGCGGUAGGCGUGGCCAUUUUCGCUCCUUCUGCAACAAGCUACAACACUCGUCCGCGCUCGCCGUGGCUGAAGUUGACUGCCGCCACUCAUCCGAUGAUGACGAAGUUUUGA